AAAAAUAAACAGGAAAGGUUACGUGAAAUGUGUCUGCAGUUAGUAGGGAUUUAUCAGCGGAAUUUAGAUGGUCCAAGAUGGCGGUGUGUGUGGCGGUCAUCGGGAAAGAGAACUAUCCGCUGUUCCUUCGCACCGUCUCACCAGAAGAAGAGUUGAAGUUUCACUACACAGUGCACACAUCUCUAGAUGUUGUUGAGGAAAAAGUUUCAUCUUUAACAAAAAGCUCCAAUGAUCCACGAGAGCUGUAUUUGGGUCUACUCUACCCAACUGAGGACUACAAAGUAUAUGGGUAUGUCACAAACACCAAGAUGAAGUUUGUGGUUGUUGUGGAGUCAGCAAACACAUCACUCAGAGACAAUGAGAUAAGGACAAUGUUUCGCAAACUUCAUGUUGCCUACACUGACAUGUUUUGUAACCCAUUCUAUAACCCGGGGGAGAACAUUACUUCAAGAGGAUUUGAAAAGACUGUGGUAGGAAUGAUGAAACACGAAUAGAAUAUAGUCAUGUAAAAUAUUGUAAAUAGUAAUAAAAUCAAGAAAAAGUCCCUA